UGAGAAAUUGGUGUGUGCUUCCAUCUCCAAGAUUUCACCCUAGGUUGGGAACUCCGCAUGCCACCUUAAUCUGGCUUGCAAUUUCAACCCCACGACGUCGUUUCAGUGUCACAGUCCCACCUUCAAUUGCCGCGGAGGAAAAGAAGUGGGUCGCCGACGGUGGUCUCCCCAUGGGCGACGUCGUUUUCUCUGCUAUUCCCUAAUCGCCCACCAAUCUCAUGCCCUAGCACCAUGGGUAGAAUAACUGUUGCAGUACUGGUGGGCUUAUGGGUCAUUCCCAUCUCUAUCAUUGUCAACCGCAUUGUUCCUCAUCCUUACAUGGAUGAGAUUUUCCACAUUCCACAGGCUCAAGAGUACUGCAGAGCAAAUUUCAGAAGUUGGGAUCCCAUGAUCACCACUCCCCCUGGCCUGUACUAUCUUUCACUUGCCCAUGUUGCUUCUUUGUUUCCAGGCAUGUACUGUGUACAGGCAGCUUCAUCGUUUUCUCAUGUUUGUUCAACUGCAAUUCUCCGCUCUGUCAAUGGUGUGUUGGCAGUAAUUUGCAGUGUACUUGUGUAUGAGAUAAUCACCCACUUGAGACCCACUCUUGAUGAACGAAAAGCAACUCUUUAUGCAGUUGUUCUAGCAUUGUACCCCCUCCAUUGGUUUUUCACUUUUCUUUACUACACGGAUGUGGCAUCUCUUACCGUAGUGCUUGCCAUGUAUCUUGCUUGUCUGAAGAAGAAAUACCUGUUCAGUGCUUUGUUUGGGGCUUUGUCAGUAGUUGUUCGACAAACAAAUAUUAUAUGGAUGCUUUUUGUUGCGUGCACUGGGGUUAUAGAUAUUACUCUGGCCCAUCAAAGAGAUAACAAGAAAGCAGAUGAUUUUGAUGAAUCAAUUAGGAAAAGUGGUCAGCCAAGUCCCAACAUAAGCAUCACAGGUGAAUCAAAAUUGAGAAAGCGAAAGUUUGGCACUGGUGUGGAAACUGACAACGAUUCUACACCCAGUAGAAGUGUCUCUUCAACAGCCCACAUGUCAGGUUUACUUGAUGAGUUUCAGACUCUCCUGUUGACAUCUUGGCAUUUGAAGUGGGAGCUUUUGUCUUCAUUUUGCCCUUUCUUUAUAGUGUUGGUGGCCUUUGCUGCUUUUGUCCGUUGGAAUGGGAGUGUGGUUCUUGGUGCAAAGGAAGCUCAUGCAGUUUCUCCACAUUUUGCACAAAUAAUGUAUUUUAGUCUGGUUGCUGCUCUAGCUAUGGCUCCUUGGCACUUCAGUUCAGGUCAGGCUGCAGACAUGUUCUGGUCAUUCUGGAAGAACCAGCCCCUUAGUUUUUUUCAAGGCUUUAUGGCUCUUACUGGUGGCUUUCUUUCCGUGCACUUUUUCAGCAUAGCUCAUCCUUAUCUUCUUGCUGACAAUCGGCACUAUCCCUUUUAUCUCUGGAGAAAGGUCAUCAACGCUCAUUGGUCAAUGAAGUACCUUCUGGUCCCACUUUAUGUUUAUUCAUGGUUUUCCAUCUUCAGUAUUUUGGGAAAGGUUCAAAGGAAGAUCUGGGUGCUGGCAUAUUUUUUGGCUUCUGCUGUAGCUCUCAUUCCUGCACCAUUGAUUGAGUUUAGAUACUACACCAUACCAUUUUUUUUGUUGAUGCUUCAUUCUCACACUAACAAUGCUAGAAGUUGGCUCCUCAUUGGGAUUGUGUAUAUAGCCAUCAAUGCCUUCACUAUGAUGAUGUUCUUGUAUCGGCCAUUCCAUUGGGAACACGAGCCUGGGAUCCAGAGGUUUAUAUGGUAAAUAAAUUCCUAAGAAAUGCCAAAUACUUCUUGAGAUCAUGACACCUCUGCUUCUCAGCAAACAACUUGAGUUUUGAAAUUUUGCGCCUCACAAAUCUCAUUUCCGGGCCAAUAAUGUUAGAACAAGAAUCGUAUCCUGCCCUUAGGUAUUGGUGGAUCACAGGAUGCUGACUUCCAGAUUUUUGGAUUGCUAUUCAAUUGUAAUUGCUGAACAUUAUAUGUAUUUAUGUCCAGUACAACUGUGCAAGUAAAGAAAUGUGUUAUUUGUUCUGCACUUACUGAACUCUUCAAGAAUCAAGAAUUAAAAAGCCCAGUACCAUGUGACUUGCGAGUUUGUCUUCUA